AUGGGAUUCCCUUCGCCGAUGCUACUUCAGGCUGCGUUGAUUUUACUGGUAGUCUCUCGUACGUUUGAAAAUUCAACACAAUUACGGGCGAUUGAUAUAAAGUCACUAAUCUUGCUUAAUAGGCCGUUAUAUUUUAUUAAGCGGUUAGAGAUCAUCCAGCGAGCAAGACGUGAGCCCUUAUCCUAACCAUUUGUCAGGCAUUAUACCCUAAUUUGACAUCUGUGAGUAAAUCAACGAUACAAAUAUAAGUAUAUAUUAGUCUGCCAAGGCUCGCACUUAAUAACACAUUCGUCGACUUUGUGUUCAGAAGGCAUAGAAAAAAUAUGCAGAGAGGAUAACAAAUAUUGCAGACCUCUUCCAUUCACCAGUGGAGAUGAUAGCAAGGACGCCCAAUGCCGCCGUGUAUGUGCAAAAAAACGAGGUAUGUACUUCCAUGUAAGCGCUUCUCCACCAUGUCCGUCGAAAUUGCAGAUGUUUCGCACGUUCGCUGCCGCGUGCUCAUUCAGAACAUGGAGAUUAAUAAGCACCUUCUUUCUUUGUCUCAAGCGAACAUAACCGAGAAAACGACUGCCUACUAUUGCAAAGGGUCUGGCCAGUCUUGCAGUGCGUAUAAGGUCUAUGGACGGAAAGGCCAUGGUAAAAUAUUUGAGAGGCACGUGCGGUGUGUUCGGACAUGUCAGAUGUUGGAACAACGUAAGUAACUGCGGGACACUCAUUUGUUCUACACGAUUUCACGUAAAUUUCGGUUACACAGUGUUCAAAGAAUACAUUUAUGCCAGAACUGAGUAUUGUGAACAGCAAGCUAUUCCGUUUAACCUGGGAGUGAUGAUGCAUUUUAGUGGACGGCAGCUCCGCGCCGUCCUUUGAAGUGUGCGACCACAAAUGGGGGAACUGUCUCAAGAUUGAAAGGAAGGACGGAAGCUUUAAUGCUUACAAACAGUGCGUUCCCAGGUGCAGUGGUUGGACCGAUUGUAAGUUGCCACUUUACCGUCAUAUUUUUGCUAAAUGCUUUUGUUCUGUUGUAAGUACAUGCAUCCGUUGUAGAUUAUAAUGUUGCUUUAGUUUUCUCUACCUGCUGAUAUUAGUUUUGGUUUUAUUUCAGUAGAAAGAACAGAAGAGCACACUGCAUACACCUGCAACGAACGUAAUUACUGUGAGGCAGGGACAUACUUCACCAAGACAGAAGAUGAGGGAUUUCAAAGUCUAAAGACGUGUUUGAAGAGAUGCCUAGCAGGUGAUGUUUAAAAUGAACUGUGGGUCUCCAGAACCAUUUUCGAUUUUCAGUAGGCGUAUUUCUGCACGCCAUCAUAUCCAUCCUAGUUCAAAGCAGUAAUUGCCAGUAGGAAAGCCUGCCAUGAUUAACUGAGACUAUCAAUAUCGCGCAGCUGAAGGUCUGAUUGCAUGUAUAGUCGUGUUUUAAGGUCAAUUUUCAUGCAGGUAUGGCCACGGGAUGCGAUUCCGUAUACGUGGAGUCGUACCUCUUAUUCAAGAUUCAUCGAGACUGCCAUUAGACCGUUGCGAGAAAACUAGUUUCCUACAGCUCUUACCUACGUAACUAGGUAUUAUUUCAUAAUAUCUCAGUUGUUGCCCGCUAACGAUUUCGUGGAGAUCAAGCAGUAUAUAAGGAUUUCUAAUGCGCACGUUGUUUUCUUUACAAUUACAUUUGCAAUCCAUGUGUCUCACGUAAUUUUUAUAUGUUUCGUUUAGAAUGAGAGCUUACAACAUGUCUUGGCUGGAAUUGGGUUUUAUUGCAACUGUUUCAUAAUUGGUUUGGUGUGGAUGUUGGUAUUUAACAAAAUAAUUCCCAUAAAAUAAAAGCGAACGCGAAUUCUUACACACCUCUUGCGACCAAUUACUGGAAAAGAAACGUGUGUUGUUGAACUUAUUCGGUGGCGCUUAUUCCAUUACAGUUUAGUAUAUUCAAGGAUAAUAAUCACUGCUGUUAAAGACCCUAUUUAAAACGGUACGUACAGUUUUCUGUAUCCGUGUCACACACAUCUUACAGAAUAUUGUUUCUGAAGUUGCACGAUGGAAACCCGAGGGCAGUUAGUUGUGGAUGAUUCGGAUAAAUUAAAACAACAAUUGUCCGCAUUGGCGGUGGAAGUUUGCAAAUCUGCGACUUGGUAAUACACAGCUGCUCUGUCAAGUUAGGCGGUAUUCUUCAAAAAAAGUAUAUAUCCAAUCUUGGCUUUAAUGUCUCCGUGAAGUCUUCUGUAGUCGUCUGUUCGAGAAAGCCGUUCCAAGCACUGCCGACGCCCUGAGAAACCAGUAAUCUUAAACAUGCAUAUGGGAUCGUACAUCACGAAGUUUGCGGGAAUUCCCACCUAGGUUUGUUGCUGUGGCACAGGCGAAGAGAUCGUCGAAGUGCAGAAGACAGUUUCGAUUCCUCACAGUCCGGUAGGUCUGUAUGAGGGCCUAUCUGCCAGUACUCAAGGGAAAAUAGGAUAAAGCGACCACUUGUUCAGCUGUAAGAUGAGGUCACAAGGGAUUUGAGGACAUUGAUCGCUCUCCUCCAAAAUCUUUACAACAGCGCAUGGUCUUUUUCAGCCCAGGGCGCCACGCGAAGAUUUCGUAUUUCAGAUGCAAUCAAAUUACAGCUAAACGAAUAGAAAACCGUCUACCCUCUUAGACUCCAUGGCGCAUUGAAAAUGUUGUUUUAGAGUUAACUGGAUCUUAAUCAGAAUGCCUUUCUGUUCGGUCACUUUUGAAAGGAGAUAUUAGUAAUUGUGGAUAGUAUUGCAACUGUUUCGUGCUUGCUGUCGUGUGCGUGUUAAGAUUCAGUAAAAUUAUGUUCCUAAAAUAAAAGUGAGCGGGAAUUCUUACAAGCUUCUUUCGACAAAUUACAUGAAACGAAACUUGAGUUAUUUCACUCAUUCGGUGGCGCUUAUUCCAUUACAGUUACGUAUAUUCAAGGGUAAUAAUCAAUGCAAUUCAAGACCCUAUUUAAAACGUUACAUACAAUAUUCUGUUACCGUGUCAUACACAUAUUAAAGAAUAUUGUUUUGAGCUUGCAGAAUUGAAAUUCAAGAGCACUAAUUUGUGGAUGAUUAUAAAAAAUUAAAAAAAACAGCUACCCGCAUUGGCGGUGGAAGUUUGAGAAUCGGCGAUUUGGUGAAACAGACCUUCUCUGUCAAUUAAGGAGGUAUGUUUCAAGCAAAUAUACAUCCAGUGUUUGUUCUAAUGUCUCCCUGAAGUAUUAUGUAGCCGCCUUGUCAAAAAACUCGCUCCAAGCACUGUCGACUCCUUGCGAAACCUAGAACCGUAAACAUUCAGAUGGUAUCGUACUCAAAGAAGUUUCAGAGAUUUCCUACUUAGGUUUGUUGUCGUGACGAAGACGAAGAAAUCGUGAAAGUGAAGAAGACCAUCUCGAUUCCUCUUAGUUUGGUAGGUCUGUAUGAGGGCUCGUCUGCAUACACUCGAGAGAAAAUAGGUCAAUGUGACCAUUUCUGUAGCUGUGUGUUGAGGUCUCAAAGGAUUUCCGAUUUUGGGUCGUUCUCCUCCGAACUCUUUGCAACAACGCGUAGUCUAGUUCAACUAGGGUUUCCACGCGUAGAUUUCGUAUUUCAGUUGCGAACAAAUAAGGGCUAAACUAAAAGAGACCGUCUGGCCUUUUGGGCUACCUAACGCAUUGAGAAUGGUGUUUUAGAUUUAACAAGAUGUUAAUCCCAACGCCCUUCUGUUCGGCGUCUUUUGAAAACACCUUCUACCAAUGAGGUAUUGGUGAUAGUCUCCGUUUCUGCUCCCGUUUAAGUGCGACACAGUUUUUAAGAUUAAACUUAAACGCCCAUUUAUCGGACCAAUCACAUGGUUGGGUCCAUCUUGCUGGGUCUAUCAUUCUCGUAGUUGAUCGCUUAGUGCGUUUCGCAAAGUUUUGUUUAACGUUUCUACUUAAACCAUGUAAGUAACAUAUUUUUUAUAGUGAGGUCGAAAGUGUUGAUCACGUUCAUGAGAAAAUGUUAAUAGGCUUCCUAACUGAACACCUACUCCCAGAACUAAUGCAAGGAGUGUGGAAACAAACGGCCUCACACACUCGACUUUGGAACAAAUCGUCCCCGUGCAUUCCUAUUACAGCUGAGGUAACUAUUAUGCCAAGCUACCAAUGCUCAUUUCUUCAAACGCACAUCAGAACCACGCGUGGCAGGCUGCAAUAUAAAUCAGUUAUUUUGUUUGAACUACAAAUUAGCGUUCACUGAGGCGCAAUGGGCAUAUACAGUGGCGUUCUUAUUUAAGCUAUUGAGGCCCUUUAUGUACCUCCGACGAAGGACAUCGAGAAUGAUUUCGAGUCGAGUACUGCAGCUGCCGCUGAUAUAAGGCUAUUCGUAUAAUCAAGAGGCACUUUGCCGUAGAUACGGGAUGAGUUUAACUUAAGCUCGUACCGUAGCCGACAGCCAAUGUUCCUCUUGAAGUGCCGCAGACAUUCUUCAAACGUCAUUUUCAGUAUGCUUCACACGCACCCAUUAAACUCCAGAACUGACUGUGAUAAUUCGACCAUCGCAUCUGAGGAUUCACAGCAAAACGAGGCAGGCACGGUGACUUUCGCUCGGAUUAGCGGAAAGAAGGGAAGAACAACUCAAAGCCAUCUUCCCGGACAUUCAAUUUACGAUGGAGGAGGAGGAAAACAAUCAGCUGGCCUUCCUGGAUGUCCGACAGGAACUGCUCUCUGAGAGGCGGGAUCAACCCGUGGACCCCCGAAUUUGA